AUGCAUGCUUCUGUAGGUGAGGAUGUGAUAUUUGUGUUCGAAUCAUUGAUAUCGGAGAGAACUGUGUAUAUUUUUACAUACUUUGGAGUUAGCAACAACUGUGGGUUGUAUCGCACAACAUCGCAUCAAUUUCGGUUGUUUUUUCAAGAGAGAACUACUGUCUUACCCUCUUUCUGUGAUGCAAUACCGUUAUAUGACGUUGCUGGAGUUAUGACCGGUGUAGAGGGUGAGAGAAAAUAUGUGAAAGAUGACAAACUUAUUGACAUGAUAGUCAUUCAUAUUGAGAAUGACGGGUGUACCAAUAUUAUACAAAACAUUAUGUAUGUUACUAGACUCUUGAUAAAUCCAGAUGUUCCUGAGACUAUGAUGCUUCGAAAAAGCAAAUCGGUGUAUGCUGAUGAAGAUGAAGUUUUAUAUUCCACUGAGAGGAAGAUAAUUAAGGAGUUACGUGCGGCUGCAGAUGUUGGAUUCUAUGUUAUUCUGACCAUUGUUCUUGAUGUUGAACUCGUUCCAAAUUGGUGGUAUAAGUUGAAUUUGUUGGUUUUUUAUGGUACUGCUACAACAAAUUUUGUUGUGUUCGAUAAGGAAGUCGUAGCUCUAUUCGGAUGGACCUGUACUGAGAUGGUGAAAGAGUUGAAUGAAAAAGCGGAAGCAAGCAGAGAUCCUACUGGUUUUAAUGAGUUUUUCCUUGAUAAGGAGUUUCUAUUCAAAGUCGAAGUAGAAACUACUGGAUGGUAUGAUUCUUAUGAUGUAUCGGUGAUAAGUUCUGAUUCUACCAUUUUAGCGAGGUGGAGGGACAUUCAAGGCCCGGUAAAAUCUGGUGUACCCCCUGCUGAUCCUGUUAACCCUGUUCAGCCUCGAGGUGAAGAUGGAUGUUCUGUUUGUGAUGAGUCACCUGAUCUAAUCGUGGACAAUUUGUCUACUACUAAAAGACCUGUUGUUAGGGUAUUCAUUUAGUCUUC